AUGUCUCAUGACUGGCCCGUAGAUAUUACCCAGUACGGUGACGUCGCUGGCCUCCUGAAACACAAGCCCUUCUUCAGAUCAGACAUCGAAAAAGGGGAGCUUGGUUCUCCACCUAUGAUGGAUCUACUACGGUCGCUCCGGCCCAGCUACUGGUUUAGCGCUCAUUUACACUGCAAAUUUGAGGCAUUAGUGAAUCAUGAGCCUGAAACCAGUGAAUCAUCCGCCCCUUCUUUGGGACAAACCUCUGUACCAGCUGAAUCGAACCCUAAAUCAAACCCGGACGAAAUUCUGAUCGAGGAUGACGAAAAUGAUACAGACUCUGGCCCUGCAUCGGCGACACAAGCCAACUCCUCGGAUGUUGUACAAUCUGCAAUUGCGGAAAGUGCCCAGCCUCCAGCAAGAAGAAGCACUCGAUUCUUGGCACUGGACAAGUGCUUGCCCAGACGCCAAUACUUGCAUGUACUUGACCUUGGUCCUGCCACUCCUGGAUCGGGCUUGGGGACAAUUCCGCCGACUCUCACUUAUGAUCGAGAAUGGCUUGCAAUCUCUCGAGCGCUGCACCCCUUCCUCUCCACCGAGCGCCAUCAACCGGCAUUACCACCCUUAUGGGAUUUGGCUCCAAUUAUACAGGAAUCCCAACGAUGGGUAGAUGAAAAUGUUGGAGAGCGCGAGAUCCGACACAUUCAGGAGUUUACUAUGACGGCACCAGGUCCGGUCAACACGAACCCGCGGCCAGCGAGGAAUAUUCGGCAGCGUACGUUCUUACGAGCUAUUGUAUUGAUCAUCAUUGACCGACUCUGGAUUAGCCCCUUGGUAUACGAACCCACAAACAGAGGCAUUUUGCUCGAUGCUGGGACUAGAGAAUAA